AUGCCGGUGUUCGUCCAUGAAGAGAGUCUCAAUGUGCCUCUCAAACCCCUGGAGAUGCUUGAAGAGCCGAAUUCAGGUCUCGAUAGGCGAGUACGACAUAAACUCGAUCGACACCUCCUGCCGUGGUUAUUCGGAAUCUGGCUCUUCUCGUUCCUUGACCGCAGCAGCAUCGGGAACGCGAAUAUCGCCGGGAUCUCAGAGGAUCUCAAGCUUGUGGGCACCGAGUACAACCUCGCACUCAUGCUCUUCUUCAUUCCCUACAUCUUGGUUGAUAUACCCUCGAACUGGAUUGUCAAGUACUGUCGCGCGGGUUAUUAUCUCCCUGCCCUCAUCACAUGCUGGGGUCUUGUCUGCACCUUCCUGGGCUUCACAAAGAGCUUGGGAGGAUUAAUCGCGGGUCGUCUUUUGCUUGGCCUUUUCGAAGGAGGUCUCGUACCGGGCAUUCUCAUUUACCUCGCCAUGUUCUAUCGCCGAAGUGAGAUGGCGUACAGGAUUGGGCUCUUCUACUGUGCAGCCCCAUUGAGCAGCGCAUUUGGUGGCCUCCUUGCUUCUGGCCUCGCAAAGAUUGAGGUUGGAUCCUACAAAAACUGGCCGUGGAUUUUCUUCGUCGAGGGUGUAACAACCGUUCUCGUUGGAGUAUCGGCAGCUUUGUUUUUGCCGGACAGCAUCACACACGCCAAAUUCCUCACCGAAGAGGAGCGGGCCACAGCGCACAGGCGGGUCCAAGGUGACGCGCAAGGACUGAACGGUGUAUCUAGAGUCGACGAGGAGACAUUUUCAUGGCAUUGGGUCCGCAUAGCACUCACUUGUCCAUUGCCGUACCUCAUCUCCUUGGGCUACCUGAUGAUCAUUGUGCCUCUUUAUUCCUACGCUUUAUUUCUUCCAACAAUCGUCCACUCCCUUGGAUAUACCUCCACGAAGGCACAGCUGCUAACCGCACCACCUAACCUGCUGGGCUUCAUCUGCGUCCUUAUCGCCACCAGGCUUUCUGACAGAGUCUCCAUGAGAGCACCUUUCAUGAUCGCCGGAGGCCUUCUUGUAGCGGUCGGCUACUCUAUGCUUCUCGCAUCAGAUGUCCCUGGAGUCAAGUAUGGAGCCACGUUUGUCAUCGGAGCCGGCCUUUACCCUUGCUCGCCUUUGGCGCUUGCAUGGCUGAGCAACAAUUCAGCUCCGCACUACGUCCGCGCGACGACAAGCGGGUUGCAACUUACCAUUGGCAAUCUUGCGGCUUUUAUUGCAACAUACUCGUACAUUGCAAAAGAUGCUCCAAGGUACACCAUGGGACACAGCAUCAAUAUCGGCGCUGCCUGCUUGUUCUGCAUCAUGACGGCCUUGACAAUGUUUUACUGUCACUGGGAAAACAAGCAAAGAGAAAUUGGUGCUCGUGACUGGCGACUGGAACAGCAAGAUCCCGCGCGGCUCGGCAAUCUGCAUCCAGACUUCAAGUAUAGCUUGUAG